AUGAUAUUUAACAAAUUUUCAAGUAAACUUUUGGAAAAUAUUGAUAUUACUAUUGAAUAUUAUAUAGACGAAAUAGAAAUAAAUGUUAAAUGGGCAUCAAAAAAAGAAUUAAGUAAAUCUAGAAUCUCAUUUAAAGAUGAUGAAUGUACAUUACCAUUAGAUUCUCCAUUAUUUUAUCUUUGUUCAUCGUCAACAUCGAAAAAGCAAGCGUCGUUUAAUUCAACAUUCUAUUCCUAUUGGUUUCUAUUAGAUACUUCAUUGUAUCAACGUCUUUUUUCUCACAUAGUCAUUGACGAAGAUCAUUUUGUUUUAUUAAUUUGUUUAUCCGAUGGUCGAAUUGUUGCUCUACCAGAAUCAUCAAAAGAUUCAAAACCAAUUAUUUGGCAUACUUCAUUAAGCACAAAUCCGAUUACGAUCCUUGGUCUUUACUAUGAUUUAAAUAGAAAUUUAUUGGAUGCUGUUUUAUGUUCAACAGCAGAUAAUAAAUUUCCAAAAUUAACACUAAAUCAUUUAAUUCUAUGCGAAUCUAUUGGAAGUAUAAUUUUAAUAAAUUCAACCAAUCUUCGUCGAAUACUUCUCGAUAAUUUAAUUAAAUCUCCAUGUAUUUAUUUGCAUAAUUUUAUAUACAUAACUAAGAAUGAAAUUCGAUCAAUAGCUAUUGCAAACUUGUUAAAACUAUCCAAUGAAGAUUUUAUUAGUCAAACUAAAACUUUAAGAUUUGGACAUUUUCUAAAAUUAAUCGUUGAUGGACAAGAAAUAAUAAUUUAUUAUGAUAAUGGUCGAUUUGAACGAGUAAAUAAUCUUCUGCCGAAUGCUUCGAAUCCAAUACAAAUAAAUUCUUUAUCGAAUCAAACAAAAAAACUUGCAUGUUUAACAGCAACUAUAACUAAUUUACAAGCCAAUGUUUGUUUAUUACAAAGAAUAUUCCAUAAAAUAGAAAUAUUCUAUCAAUUAAAUCUCAAUACCUGUUUAAAAUUAGUUAAUAAUCAAUGGAAGUUAAUUCUAAAUGAGCAACAAUUAAGAAUAUUUCAAUUAAAUGAUUUUAUAUUAAUUUUAAUAUGUAAUUUUUCAUCGAAUAAUAUUAAAAUUUAUCAAUUAAACUCAAUAAAUGAUUGGAUAUUUAAAAUCAGUGAUACUAUCACAAGUACAUAUAUUUGUCAGCCAAUACUCAUCUUUCGACAUCAGAAUCAAGUUCAUUUUCAAGUAGCUUUAAAAAAAAUUAUUGUACCACUACAAGAACAAAUUCAACAAGAACAAAUUUCGCUUGAAAAUUAUUUCACCAAUAAAUUUAAAGCACCCAAAUUAAAUAAUUUAUCAAUUCAACAAUAUCAUUUAGCUUUCACGAUUCGUAACGAUGCUGCAAAAAAUUUUCAAAAAUUGAACAUGAAUCUUGCUCGACGAUUAUUAAUUGGUCAAACGGAUGUGAUUAAUAUUGAAUGUAAACAACAAGAGAUGAAAGUCGAUACGGAUGAAGGUCUUGUAGAUUCAUUAACUCUUCAAAUAAUACUUUCAAGUUCAUGUCUUCGACGAUUAAUUAUUAUUUUUUCUACUAUAACAGAAUUAUUCUAUGGAAAUAAAAGCAUUGAAGAGAAGAAUUUUAUUAAACAAACUGAUGUAGCUAAGAUCAUCGAUGUUAUUCAAGAAACUCAAACAAAGUUAUCUAGUAUAUUGGGAGAAUUAACAGAUGAUUUACUACUUGACUUACUUCAAAUUCGUAUUUAUUUAUCCUUGUUUCGACUUGGGUCUAAUUAUUCUGUUCAAGUUUAUUGA